AUGCAUCUUAAAAUAUCGAUACUUUUGGUUUACGAUUAAGCUUUAUUGCAUAUUCACUUGGUUAUUGUUUCUGAUUUCCUUAAGUGUUCUGGUUGUUUCUCUUGAUUUUCCGUGAGUGAUUUCUCUGUUUGACCAACAAUGGAUGGUAAUAAUGAUAAUGCUAGAAAAGUUGAUGAAAUUUAUCAAUAUAACCGUAAUCAGCAACAAACAAUUUUACAAGCUAAACCAUGGGAGAAAGAUCCACACUACUUCAAAGAUAUUAGAGUUUCUGCUUUAGCAUUGCUUAAAAUGGUGAUGCAUGCUCGUUCCGGUGGUUCAUUAGAAGUCAUGGGCCUACUUUUGGGUAAGGUUGAUGCUAAUACGAUGAUUGUCAUGGACUCAUUUGCAUUGCCUGUCGAAGGAACCGAGACUCGGGUUAAUGCUCAAGCUCAAGCUUAUGAAUACAUGGCUGCUUACACUGAAACGGCCCAACAAGUUGGCCGUCAAGAAAAUGUCAUCGGUUGGUACCAUUCGCAUCCUGGUUAUGGAUGUUGGUUGUCUGGUAUAGAUGUGUCCACCCAAAUGUUGAAUCAGCAAUUUCAAGAGCCUUUUGUUGCUAUUGUUAUCGAUCCGACUCGUACUAUUUCUGCUGGUAAAGUUAAUCUUGGUGCUUUCCGUACUUAUCCAAAAGGCUAUAAGCCACCAGACGAAGGACCUUCUGAGUAUCAAAGUAUUCCUCUGAAUAAAAUUGAAGAUUUUGGAGUACAUUGUAAACAAUAUUAUUCACUUGAUGUCUCCUACUUUAAAUCAUCUCUCGAUUGUAAACUGUUAGACUCGCUUUGGAAUAAUUAUUGGGUCCAUACUCUUAGUUCAUCCAGUUUACUAACAAAUUCAGACUAUACCACUGGACAGAUAUUGGACUUGGCUGAUAAAUUGGAACAAGCUGAAUCACAAUGUCAAAGAGGAGGCUUUAUGAUCGGAGUUGAUCCAAGUGAGAAAAGAACAGAGGAUAAACUAUCUAAGGCCACUAAAGAUUGUUGUAAAACUACGAUUGAAGCUCUCCAUGGAUUAAUGGCUCAGACAAUUAAGGACACACUAUUUAAUAGUAUCUCACCUUAACUUGUUACCUUAUGCAAACUUUUUUGAGCUUCAAUUUUCUUAAACAUGAUAAAAUGACACCUUAUUGUAAAUCUGUUAUUUUUUAAUUUCUAAACAUCACCAUUUUCAAAUGCAACUCUUCUUUCCUUGAA